UCAAACAUCCAAUAAUGUAAAAUAUAAUACAUACCCGGAAUAGCCGAAGCAUCUCUCUCUCUCUCUCUCUCUCUCUCUCGCCAAAAGUCGCACAGCACCAAUCCUAACCCACAUUGCUUUCUCCACACACUUUUCUCUUUCUAUAUAUCUGUAUCUAUAGGACUCUGAGUUGUUCGCUGAGUUAGUUGACGAUAAUGGAGUUGGAGUACGGGAAAAAGGAGGUGUUCGACGCCGAGACGGCGAGUGCGAUGAUGAAGGAGCUGAGAGACGCGUUUGGGAAUGGUAAGACGAAGAGCUUCGAGUGGAGAGUGUCCCAGUUGGAGAGUUUACUGAAAAUAGCAAACAAUCACGAGAAGGAGAUCAUUGAUGCUCUUUGUUCCGACCUCUCGAAACCUGAAUUAGAAUCGUUCGUCCACGAGAUAGCUUUAAUGAAGUCCUCAUGUAAGUUGGCACUACAGGAACUGAAGCAUUGGAUGACACCACAAAAAGUUAAAACCCCAAUUACUACUUUUCCAUCAUCAGCAGAAAUAGUUUCAGAACCAUUGGGUGUCGUAUUGGUCAUAUCAGCAUGGAACUAUCCUUUCUUGUUAUCUCUUGAACCAGUAAUUGGAGCUAUUACAGCUGGUAAUGCUGUGGUUUUGAAACCGUCAGAAGUUGCCCCAGCUACAUCGUCACUUCUUGCAAAAUUUUUAGGGGAAUAUAUGGACAGCUCUGCAGUAAAAGUUGUUGAGGGCGCUGUACCUGAAACAUCUGUACUAUUGGAGCAAAAGUGGGAUAAAAUAUUUUACACAGGAAAUGGAAGAGUGGGACGAAUUGUAGCGGCUGCUGCUGCAAAGCACCUUACACCUCUAGUUUUGGAGCUUGGAGGAAAAUCUCCUGUUGUUGUCGAUUCAGAUGUCAACCUAAUGGUCGCAGCAAGGCGAAUUAUUGUAGGCAAGUGGGGAUGCAACAACGGACAAGCCUGCAUUGCUCCUGAUUACAUCAUAACAACCAAAGAUUAUGUUCCAAAAUUGGUAGAUGCUCUGAAACUGGAGUUGGAGAAAUUCUAUGGGAUGGAUCCUCUGAAUUCCGAAGAUUUGUCUCGCAUCGUGAAUUCCAACCACUUUGCUCGCUUAAAAAAGCUAUUGGAUGAUGAUAAGGUUUCUGGUAAAAUAGUUCAUGGAGGUCAGAUGGACGAAGGCAUCCUAAAAAUUGCUCCCACUAUUUUACUGGAUGUCCCAGAAGACUCCCUGAUCAUGAAUGAGGAGAUAUUUGGUCCUUUACUUCCUAUUCUCACGGUUGACAAAGUGGAAGCUAGUUUUGGGAUGAUUAACUCCAGAGAUAAGCCACUUGCAGCAUACUUAUUUUCCAACAAAAAGAAGCUCAAGGAGGAGUUUGUAAAGACUGUUUCUGCAGGGGGGUUGGCUGUCAAUGAUACUUCUCUACAUGUUGCAGUUUCUACUUUACCAUUUGGUGGAGUUGGGGAAAGUGGAAUGGGUGCAUACCAUGGUAAAUUCUCUUUUGAUGCUUUCAGCCAUAAGAAGGCAGUUUUGUACCGUAGUUUUGCUGGUGAUGCACCGGCCAGAUACCCUCCAUACACACCUGCGAAGCUAAGAUUUCUCAAGGCUCUUUUGAACGGUGAUAUACUUGGCAUUAUUAGAGCUUUGUUUGGGUGGUAAGGUUUAGAACUACCAGAGAUACCUCUACAGUAGUUAUAUAUUUGCAUUAUUUGUUCACCAUAUGGCUUGUCUAUGUAUUACCUAAACCAGGUAAUGCUGUUGCAUGUCUGAUAUAAGUUGUUUUCUCUCAUUUUUAUAUUUUUAUUUUUAUCACAUUUCUUUGUCCACAUAUUUGUUUUAAGGUCGGGAAAUUCUGCAUAUAAAGAAAAUAAAAUGUUAUCUUUUGUAAAUGUUGUAUAAAUUUUUGUGGGGAUUGAGUUGUGUGAAGUGGACAAUCACAUGAGUUAUGGGGCCAGAAUUUCAGCAACAUGUGCUCUAGUGUUCUGAUACCACUUGUUCAUUAGUGCUACUUCUUGUUGGGAACUUUCCUGGAAAUAUAUGUGACCUUGUUUUCAUCUCUGAAAGAGUUUCUUGUGACAUGUUGGACCAUCUGGGGUGCGGU